UGCAGGAUCCCCCUGCAGAGGGGCUGAGCCUGCCCCCCCACAGCCCCCCACCAUGUCCGAAUUCCCCUCCAAAGUCAGCACCCAGACAAGCACCCCGGCUCCGUUGACCCCCCACUCCUCGCUGCCCGACCUCCGCUUCCUCCGCUCCCUCCCGGCCGCCCUCAUGGGCCUGGAAAUCGUGCUGGGAUUGCUGGUUUGGGCCCUCAUUGCCGACACCCCUUACCAUCCCCACCCGGCUUACGGUUGGGUGAUGUUUGUGGCUGUUACCCUCUGGCUGGCAACAAUCAUCCUGUUCGUCCUCUAUUUCCUGCAGCUGCACGUGAAACUUUACAUGGUUCCCUGGCCUCUGGUGCUGCUGAUUUUUAAUGUGGCUGCUGCCAUCCUGUACGUCACUGGCUUCAUAACUUGCUCCGCGUCAGUCCAAAGCACAUCGCACCACGGCUCCCUGUCCUACAACAAAAGGGCCGCUGCCUCGUUCUUUGCCUGUCUGGUGGUGAUUGCCUACGGGGCAAGUGCUUUCUUCAGCUUCCAGGCCUGGAAAGGAAUUGGCAGCAACGCAGCAACCAGUCAGAUGACUGGCAUUAACUAUGCUUAAAGCCACUAACGCCCAUGGGCCGCUUUGGUUCUGACGUCUGCCCGGCAACGGGCUGAGGCUCUGGAGAGCACCGUUCACCAGAUACGAGGCCUGUCGCCAGCUCGGCUGUGGCCGAGGGCCCCCGUUGAUGCCCACGUGUCUUAGAGAAACAGAAUCUCCACCCCGUAUUGGCGUUGAUUGACUGUACCCGCUAGUAGAUCCAAGAGAUAGGCCGAAGGGUGACCUUUUCAUCACCAAAUACGUUCCUGUCUUCAGGGCCACGGACAACUGUGGGAUAAGAAGAGGGACAACGGGUCUGUUCGGCCCCAGCUUUGUGGUGAACGAUAGACAUGGGGAAACUGAAGAUUUUUAUGAGAUUGUAAGCUCCUUGUGGGCAGGGAUUAUGUCUGCCUGCUCUCUGUUACACUGUACUCUCCCAAGACCUUAGUACAGUGCUCUGCACACUGUAAGUGCUCAAUAAAUACCACUGACUCUUACUGUCCCAUCAGUAAGGUCACCUCAAA